AUGCCAAAGUCAAAAGAAUUUAUCGAUAGUUCUGAUUCAGCUAGUGAUCAAGACUCCGGUGCGGUUUCAACGACGAAAAAACCCAAAACCAAAGAAACGACCAGCAAAGAUGAUUCAGCAAACAAACGAUUGAAAACAUCGACUGAUGGAGCACAGGGAGAAGUAGCUUCGAAACGAGGAGCAAAUGGUGAACGGCUCUAUGAACUUGGUAAAUUACGUUACGUGUCAGUGAGUGAAUUUCGAGGUAAACCAUAUAUCAACAUUCGUGAAUAUUACGAUGAUAAAGGUGUCGAAAAACCAGGCAAAAAAGGUAUUAGUUUAACUAUUGAUCAAUGGGAAACAUUGAAAACACUUAUCAGUCAAGUCGACAAAGAUACUACCUUAAUAGAUAUCUUUUCACUUGCUUCAUUCUUCUUCCAUCAACUUGAGGCGUCCAGAUUUAACCAUAAUCUGAUGUCUGCAGUUGCAUUAAUUCUUGAGUAUAUUAAACUCUUCUAUGUUUUAUUCAAACAUUGGUUUCGUGAUUUAUUCCAUUCAUUAUACGUUGGGCCAAAAUUUAAAGAUCUCUCGUCAGAAACUGUGCUUAUCACCGGUGCUGCAAGUGGUCUUGGAAAAGGUGUAGCAGAACGGUUAGCUCAAUUUGGCUGUACACUUGUUCUUUGGGAUGUAAACGAAACUGACAAUGCUCGUGUCGCUGAAGAGCUGAACAGCAUGACAAAGUCUAAUCGUGUUCACGCAAUGAGAUGUGACUUGACUAGUCGAGAAAGCAUCUAUGAAUGUGCUAAAAAAGUCCAAGAAACCGUUGGUAAUGUGACCAUGGUUAUUAACAAUGCUGGUGUUGUAUCGGGUAAAACACUGGUCAAUUGUAGUGAUGCAUCCAUCCAACGGACAUUCGAUGUGAAUGUUCUUGCUCACUUUUGGAUAUUGAAAGCAUUUUUACCGUCAAUGUUAGAAAAAAAUCAUGGCCAUAUUGUUACAAUUGCUAGUGGUGCUGGUUUAACAGGUGCAGCAGGUCUAGUUGACUAUUGCUCGUCAAAAUUUGCGGCUGUUGGUUUACACGAGUCAUUAACGCAUGAAUUACACGCUUUAAAACGAACGGGUAUUAAAACAACCGUUGUUUGUCCAAGUUUCAUCGACACGGGCAUGUUUGAAGGUGUUAAAACAGGUAUAUUAUUUCCAUUGUUGAAAUCAGAAAAUGUGUGCGACUUAAUCGUGGAAGCUAUUCGAACAGAACAACAUAUGUUGUUGAUACCUAAAGUGCUAAAAUUGGGACUUAUUAUAAAAAGCUUAUCAACAACAGCAGCACAAAUCGAAGCGCAAGGUGCCACCGGUCUUCAUCAUUCUAUGGACACAUUUGUUGGCCGUCGCUGA